UUACCCGUCCUUUAUUCCGGAUCAGACCUCAGGUUCGGCGGAGACGCUUCACAUCACAGUAUUGCAGACCAUGUGGAUGCAAAAACUGGCAGUCCUGUCCAAGAGCAGCGUGUUCUCCUUCAACUGGAUCUAGACCAGAAAACUGGACUUCAGGACUGCAGGAUUAUCUGAGCAUCGCUAGCAGUGACUGGACUCCGUCUCAGAUCAUCUAUUUUGGAUUUUUCUGCUGAGGAGGAGUUACUUCGGAGAGCAUGAUUACUUCCAGAGCUGGAAUACUAGAGACUAAUCUAGUUUAUGUGAGCAAACUCAAUUACAGCGGCGGAUCCCUCAUGUGAACAGAGCAGCGUCUAAUUCGUUUUGCUGCAGGACGUGCAUUGACUUCUGCAGUUUGUGCGCUCGUUCUUAAGCAAAGUCAAGAGUUUUGAAUCUUCACAAUGUGUUUUCAGUAGGAACAUUCUAUUGGAAAGUUUUUCCCUGCGUAUAUUGGGACGAAGUCCAUUCUGUUUGCUGUUGGUGUGGAGUUGAAUCAAAUGGCUCGACCCGGCUCUGGAGUUCUGGGAGGCGGAUACUCGUCUCAGAGCAUGGCUAGGGUGGUGGUUUGGGAAUGGCUGAACGAACACGGCCGCUGGAGGCCAUACACCGCCGCUGUUUGUCAUCACAUCGAAAACGUCCUGAAGGGAGACGCACGAGGGACCGUCAUACUGGGGCAGGUGGAUGUGCAGCUCACACCCUACGUCAUAGACCUGCAGUCCAUGCAUCAGUUCAGACAAGACACAGGCACAAUGCGUCCCGUGCAGCGCAAUUUCUACGACCCGUCCUCGGCUCCAGGCAAGGGCAUUGUGUGGGAAUGGGAGAACGACUGCGGCUCCUGGACGCCGUACGACAUGGAGCUGUGCGUCAGCAUCCAGAACGCCUACGAGAAGCAGCACCCCUGGCUGGACCUGAGCUCUCUGGGCUUCAGUUAUGUGGUGGACUUCGACGGGAUGUCCCAAACCAACCGGCAGAGCCAGAGGAAGCGGCGCAUCCGCCGACGGAUGGACCUGGCGUACCCUCUCAUCGCUGGAUCCAUCCCCAAAUCCCAGUCCUGGCCGGUGGGCACCAGCUCGGGAAUGCCUUGCACCUGUCAGCAGUGCAUGCUGGUCCACAGCACGCGGGCCGCGUCUAACGCAGGAAUCUCUGGAGAGAUGAUGGAGACGGAUGGAGACUCAGACGAGGACAGACGGGUUCUUGCACUUCCUGUGAAGAAUCUCACUGGGUCAGGACCGGUCCAUCCUGCAUUAGCAGGAAUGACUGGUAUCCUCAUGUGUGCUGCUGGGCUCCCCGUGUGUUUGACUCGGGCUCCUAAACCGAUCCUGCAUCCACCGCCGAUCAGCAAGAGCGACCUGAAACCCGUGCCAGGAAUCAACAGCAUCCGACGCAAGACCAAGAAAAAGCACCUCCGCAAAGGUAAAAACUCAGAGGACGUGGUUCGGCGCUACACAGAGAAGAUCAAGACAGCUCCUGAUGAGGACUGCACCAUCUGCAUGGAGCGACUGGCCACAGCGUCCGGAUACGAGGGAGUGCUGAGCUACAGAGGCAUCAAGCCCGAGCUGGUCGGCAAACUGGGAAAGUGCGGCCACAUGUACCAUCUUCUGUGUCUGGUGGCCAUGUACAACAACGGCAAUAAGGAUGGCAGUCUGCAGUGUCCCACCUGUAAGGCCAUCUACGGGGAGAAAACCGGCACACAGCCUCCUGGGAAGAUGGAGUACCACGUGAUUCCUCAUUCUCUACCAGGAUGCUCUGACUCCAAGACUAUACGGAUCGUCUAUGACAUUCCCGCUGGGAUACAGACCACAGAGCACCCGAAUCCCGGGAAAAAGUACAGCGCACGCGGAUUUCCUCGACACUGCUACUUACCAGACAACGAGAAAGGACGGAAGGUGUUGAAGUUGCUAAUCAUGGCGUGGGACCGUCGUUUGAUUUUCACCAUCGGGACGUCCAGCACCACGGGAGAGACGGACACGGUGGUGUGGAACGAGAUUCACCACAAGACCGAGUUCGGCUCCAACCUCACGGGCCACGGCUACCCCGACCCCAACUAUCUGGACAACGUGAUGAGAGAACUGGCCGCCCAGGGCGUCGGAGAGGACAACCUGAAGGACUGAGGCUCGGUCCACACACACACUCUAGCUGAGGAGUUCCUGACCGCCGGAGAGACCUUUGACCUCUCUGGGAACGACGGUCCUCGCUGACUCCGAGUGAAAGAUGAGGAGAUGUGGAAGAUGGGAGUGACGAAAUCAAUACAAAUUACUCUAAUCUGUUCCUCAUUCACUGUCACGGCUCUCUUUCUCUCUCUCUGUCUCUUGCAAUGCUCUUUUUCAAGGCUACCCAGAAUGCAUCUGGGCUCAGACCAGUGCAUGUGGUAGUUGUAUAUACACACACAUUAGUGGUUGACCGAUAUGGGGUUUUCAAUGGCGAUGCCUCUUACAGAUGGCAGAUAUAAUAUGGUAUAUCUAGGGCUGUCAAGUGAU